AUGCCUUCCGCGAAGUCGGUUGGAACCCCCCCCUUCAAGGUUCAAGGUCAGGUUUACCACCGGAUUGGGUCUCUUUUGCCGGAAACUGCCACUGAUUCGGCCUUUCCACAAAUAUACUUCAUAGCUGGCUACAAUCAACAGGCAGAUGCCCGCAUGGGCAUUAUUCCCGAGAAAGAUACAGGACAGGACAAUUAUCCUCGCAGGGAUAUCGUAAUGAGUCUCCAACAAAUGCUCCACGAGACAAACAGCUAUGUCCGCAGUUGUAAGUAUGCUCUCGAAAAUAACACUUCUGAUUUCAUUAUUGUAAUUGAUGCUGACAAACGGCCUCAGGGAGAGCACGAACGUCGUUACAAUGCUCCCGCAAGUAACGAAGUUUCCGUCAUUGUCAGCGGUGAUCAGCACAACAGACGUGGUAUUGUUAUCGAAUCGCGCGGCAGUGGGCUCCGAAGAAUCAGUGAAACGCACCGGUCCUAG